UGAAUUUACCAAAACAUUGAAGAUGCCAGCUGCAUUUGCAGAAUUUAUAGAUGAUAUUGAGGAUUUGGUGUCUUCUCAGGAUAUCACACCGAAAGAACGAUAUGCGAGUAGAAAAAGUGUCAGCGUCAGAUCAAAAAAGCGUGAAAUUAAAGAGUACGAAAGCGCUGAAAAAGUGAUUCUUGAAAGUGUUGUUCCUGGUACUCAAACAAUAUAUGUCAAGACAUGGGGCUGUGCUCACAACAAUUCAGAUUCCGAGUACAUGGCUGGUUUAUUAGCAGCUCAUGGCUAUAAGCUCACAGAAGACAAGUGGCAGGCACAACUGUGGCUUCUUAAUUCUUGUACUGUUAAAAAUCCUUCAGAAGACCACUUUAAGAAUGAGAUAAUGCUGGGACAGAGUCGCGGCAUCCAUGUAGUGGUGGCGGGGUGCGUGCCUCAGGGGGCACCUCGCUCUUCCUACCUACAGGGUCUCAGUGUAGUGGGGGUGCAACAGAUCGAUAGAAUUGUUGAAAUUGUUGAGGAAACACUAAAAGGGCACACAGUACGCCUGUUCGGAUCAAAAAAGACAGGGGAAGGUCGAAAAGCCGGCGGUGCCUCAUUACUCUUACCCAAAGUACGCAAGAACCCGCUGAUUGAGAUCAUUUCGAUCAACACCGGCUGUCUCAACCAGUGCACGUACUGCAAGACAAAACACGCGCGGGGAGAACUGGGCAGUUACCCGCCCGAUGAGAUCGUGGAGAGGGCGCGACAGUCCUUCAAGGAAGGUGUCUGCGAAAUAUGGCUGACGAGUGAAGAUACUGGAACGUACGGUCGUGACAUCGGCACCUCGCUGCCGGAGCUGCUGUGGAGGCUGGUUGAGGUGAUCCCCGAGGGCUGCCGGCUGCGGCUGGGCAUGACCAACCCGCCCUACAUCCUGGAGCAUCUCGACCAGAUGGCCAGAAUCAUGCACCAUCCUCGAGUCUAUAAGUUCCUCCACGUGCCGGUUCAGUCAGGCAGUGACCAGGUGCUGGCUGACAUGAAGAGGGAGUACACCCGGGCUGACUUCGAGAGGGUGGUGGAAUUCUUAAGGGAGAGAGUAGAGGGCAUCACGAUCGCCACGGACAUAAUCUGCGGGUUCCCCACGGAGACGGCGGCCGACUUCGAUCAGACCAUGUCUCUGUGUCGCCGCCACCGGUUCCCCUCGCUCUUCAUCAACCAGUUCUUCCCGCGCCCGGGCACACCUGCCGCCAACAUGACGCGAGUUCCUAGUCAAGAAGUUAAAAAACGAACGAAAGAACUUUCAGAAUUCUUUCGAUCAUACGAACCGUACGGCCACAAGAUAGGACAGAUACAAGAAGUGCUAGUCACGGACGUUUCUCACGACAAAAAUUAUUUCGUGGCCCACAACGAGUUUUACGAACAAGUGCUCGUGCCCAAAGAGGAGAGAUACAUGGGCAAGAUGUUGACGGUUCGUAUCUGCAGCGCGAGUAAGUUCUCAAUGGUCGGUGAGGUCAUAGACAAACCAAAGAUGGCGGGGCUGGUGCGGCCGCUGAGGAAGGGAGAGGUGUCCGGCGUUAAGAGCGAGAGAGGUGUGUCCGUGCCGAUAGUAGUGUUGUUAUUAGCGGUGUUUGCGAGGUUGUUGUGGAUAUUUUUAUUAUAAAUAUAUUUUGCUA